AUGAUGUCGCGAUUCCUGUCGAUCGCUUUGCUGUGCUCUGUUCUGUUCGUGGCGUGUCCUGCGAAGCCGGCGACGAAAGUGCUCUCGAAUGGUUCACCGUCGUUGAAUCCGUUCCAGGAACAAUUGAUCGCGGCCGUGGAAACUGACUCGAAGAGGGAGCAACGAUCACCGCAAUUCGGAUUCCCCGGCGAAGGUUUCGGUCCUUUUCCAGAAUUCGACGACGACCGCAGUUACGGGUAUCAUCACAAGCACCAUCAUAAGCAUCAUCACAGACCCGAAGGCUGCGGCGAAUUCGGUUGCGGAGAAGGAUUCGGGCCUGCAUCGGGAUACUAUCCACCUAUCGGCGGUGGCGGUGGCGAAUCUGCCGCUCAGGCUUCGGCGAGUUCCGGCGGUUUUAACGGUGGACCUUACGGCGGACCUUACGGAGGAUCUUCCGGAGGAUCUCAGGCUUCAGCCUCCGCAGGAGCAGCCGGAUCGAACGGACCUUUCGGCGGAGGUGGAGAGAGUCAGGCAAACGCACAGAGCGCCAGCUUCAACUUUGGCCCGUAUUCCGCGUCGUUCAGUGUAGCGGAAGCCUCGUCGGGCGGCCAAAGGUUUUGA